AAUGUGCGCGCGCUUAACGCGACCUGUAUCAUUUCGUCACAUAUAUUAACCUUUUGUUGUAUUGCUUUGAAGUUAAUUAUGUCCAUCAAAAAAUAAUUAAUAUGAUACUAAGCAUGUAAAGUUAUCGAUCAGUGAUUGAAUUUUGCAUAUCAUAAAUUUCGUUCGAAGUGUUAUGAUUGAAGUGAAACAAAAACGGUGUUUGAUGGAAAGUACAGAAUAUUUUCUAGAGAGAACAGAAAUAUCUCGACCGUUGGUUGCCGCCGGAAGAGUGGCUUGUCAUAGUCAUCAGACAAUUAAAUAUUGUCACAUUCUAAACGUCUGGUGUAUAUUUCGAAGUGAUAUUUAAUAUAACAUAUUUGUGAGAAUAGUGUGAAAUCAUUUGAAAUUUAUUAUUACGCUUGAAAAACUAUUAAUAGGCGAAAACAAAUAAUGUUCACUAUUUCACUCGCCCAAGAUGGCUGCCGUCGGAUUUCAUUUUACUUUUAUAUUGCGUAUGAACUACUCAUUAUUUCAGCGUGGACAGUAAUGAACCGUAUAUGAAACAUUUUACGACAUACAAAGGUUAUAUAGGAAUGUGUGAUCCCAGGGAAGUGUCCCAGCAAGUCUGGUCCCAGUGGAUAUUAGAAGCAAUAAGAAAAAUACGUUCUCAGAAGCAGAGACCAAGUGCUGAAAGGAUUUGUCAUGCCAUUAGACAACACCAUAACUAUCAUGAAGAUGUAAUUGGUGAACACUUAGAGGCAGCAGUAAAAGAAGGUGUAGUUUUGAAGGUUUUCAAUAAAGGACAAAGUUCCUAUAAAGAUCCAGGUGGUAUCCAGAGCAUUCUCAGAAUCGAGCAAGGCAGUGAUAUAACUAAAGUAGUUGCUAAAGCUGUUCGAGAAUUAGGAGAAAGGGAUGGUUCUUCUAUGAAAUCUAUCGAAAAACACAUAAGGCAUUCACAUACGAUUGAAGAAUCCAACGAAUGCGAUUUAAAAAGCGCCAUUAAUACGGCUAUCAAGAGAGCCCUUACAAAGAAUACCAUCGUACAGGAUGGUAAAAAUUUUAAAUAUAAUUAUAAUCAUCCGAGUACGGGAGCUAAAAGAAAAUCAGAAGGAACUAGAAGGUCUUUGAACCAAGAAGAUUCUAUUCUGCAACCUAAGACACCGACUCCUUUGCCUAUAUGCUCUGAAUGUUUGGGUACCGAAACGAAAAAUCGGAACGGAGUUUUCGAAAAGUUAAGUGCCUGUUUCGAAUGUGGAGCCCUGGUUCAUUUAUCGUGUACCUCCAAAGAACAGGAACUAUCUACUUUAUUGGUAAAAGGUGGUAAAUGGUUUUGCGAGGAAUGCAAGACGUGCGAUGGUUGUGGUAAUACAGGAAUAUCCAUGUGUCUGUUAUGUUGCUGUAGCUGUGACCGGAAAUACCAUAUGGGUUGUUUAGAUCCUCCGGCAGAGAAAAAACCAAAGUGCCCAUGGAGGUGUAAACAUUGUUUAAAUCAUCACGACAACAAGAAUUCUAAAAAGCCAGGUAACGGCGUACGUAGAAAAUUGGACAAAGUUAGGGAGAAGAUAAAAGAAAAAAAUCAAAAAUCAAAAGAUGUAGGAUUAACUCCAGCCACAGUGCCCCCCUCUGCUAAAAACGAUAAUAUUAAAACCUCAGUUCGAAAGAACAGAGUUCCUCCUAUAAAUGAUAGCGAUAAAAGCGAAUUUGAAAAUAUCUCCAAUACCAAUUUAGAAAAAACGAAACAAGAAAAUGAACAGCUGGAUGUUAAUGAUAAAAUGUCUAAAGAAAAGCAGAAGUUCUUUAGAAGUUCGGCUUUCAAUUCAGAAAAGAAAAAAGAUGGAAUCGGUAAAAAAAUUGAUAAAAGCUCUAAAAAGGAGAAGGAACAAACUAAUAAUGGUGAAAAGUUAAAAAACGCAAGUUCUGCAAAAAAUAAAAGAAAUUCCAAGGUACAAAACAGUGAGAAAAAUAAAACAUCAACAGUGAAUUCAGAAUUGAAUACAGAUUUGAAAGCACCGUCCAAUACAAAUGAAAAACCAACAGAUGAAAAAGAACAAUCUGAAGACGAAGAUAGUAAUGACAGUUCUUCAGAGGAUAGUUCGUCUUGCGUUUCAUGUUCCGAUUCGGAAACUGAUUCGUCCAUUGAUAAUUCAGAUUCGAAAACGAGCAUGCGGAAUAUAAAAAUACCCAAUAUAUUUAACACCAAACAAAAGAAUGUCAAUACAUUUGGCGGUAUGGCUACUGAUGAAGAUAAACCUUGGGGAUUUGCAGCCGCUGCUGCAGAAGCAAAACAAAAAGAAUCUAAACUCGAAGAAUCACCAACAAAAAAAUCCAAAUGUAACGAGAAUCUGUUUAUAACCGCUCUAAAGGAAGAAGGAUUGCUAAAAGAUAAUGCGGUAGUUUCUCCCACUAAAGUUGACGAUAUAUCUUCAGAUAAAUCACAGAAAACUCCAGGAUUUGGACAACUCAAAGGUCUUUUUGAUGGUCUAUCACAUCUGUUUGCGGCUCCUUCGGAGAGUCGAGCCAGCAGAUCACAGCCUAAUUACAAUCCAAAUAGAAGAAAACCAAAAGAUGCAAAAGAUGAAGACUGUCAAAUUGAAGAAAAGAAACCCGACGCUGUAGAUUUUAAAGAAACUAUAGAGGAAAAAAAGUUAGUGGAACCUACGAAGAUUCCAAUACAGUUGUCACCACUUCGAGCUGAUGCGAUAAUCGAACCAGAUACGGACACCAGAGUCAAACCAGAGGUAGAAUGUAAAGCCGAAUCCAUACCUGCCGAAUCUAUCUCUGAACCUAAAGCGGAAAAUUCUACUUCUUUGACACCGUCAAAUUUGGUGAAAACGGCAGUUAAUUCUAAACAACACGAGAAGAGGAAAUUGAUUAAAUCUGAAAAUCAGAACGUUCCUAUAUCGGAAACGCCAACUACCUCUCAAGUUAAGACAAAAACUGACAAUGAACCCAGAAGUAUGAAGAAGAGGAAUCAGAAUGUAGCGAAUCCGCCGGCUGUGCCUUACCAAAAUAACUCUAUAAUUGAUAUUAAGAAUAUACAUUUAGCACCGGGAGUCACUCAGAAAGAUGUCGAGCUUUUUAAGGAAGCUAGAGAAAGAGCUGCUGAAGCGACAGCGGCGCUGUUACCUAUUCCGGUGCCGCCUAAAGUUGAAGUAGCACUGAAUACAUCUAAUUUGGGUCCAUUGAACGCACCAUUGGAAAUAAGAUGCCCUUCGGCGAUAGAAUUUGGGAAAUAUGAAAUAAAAACUUGGUAUUCAAGUCCCUUUCCCCAAGAAUAUGCCAGGUUACCAAAAUUGUUUCUUUGCGAGUUUUGUCUCAAAUAUACAAAAAGCAAGGCAGUAUUAGAAAGACAUCAAGACAAAUGUACUUGGAGACAUCCACCAGCUACAGAAAUUUAUCGAUGUAAUGACUUGUCUGUAUUCGAAGUUGAUGGAAAUGUUAACAAAAUCUAUUGUCAAAAUUUAUGUCUGCUGGCUAAAUUAUUUUUGGAUCACAAAACAUUAUACUACGACGUAGAACCGUUUCUAUUCUACGUUUUGACAAAGAAUGACAAAAAAGGAUGUCAUUUGGUAGGAUAUUUUUCCAAAGAAAAGCAUUGCGUGCAAAAAUACAAUGUUUCUUGUAUUAUGACAAUGCCGCAGUAUCAGCGACAAGGAUUCGGAAGAUUUUUAAUCGAUUUUAGUUAUUUACUUUCAAAAGAAGAAGGUCAACCUGGCACUCCUGAAAAACCCCUUUCCGAUUUAGGAAAAGUUUCCUAUUAUGCUUAUUGGAAAUCGGUGAUAUUAGAAUACCUCUACACUCAUCGCAUUGCCAAAUUGAAAUUAACAGAAAUAAGUAGGGAUACUGGAAUGUACUGUCAAGAUAUAUCAUUGGCGCUUCAAUUACUCGGUUUUAUUAAACUCGUACCGAUGGAAGAUGGUGUCAGCAGGCCAGUCAUUUGUGUUGAUUGGAAGAAGGUCGAUGCACAUAUGGAAAGAGUAAGGAACUCCAAAACCAGAAUACCAAUUGAUUAUGAAUGUCUAAGAUGGACACCUCUUGUAACACAACCGAUAAGUCAACUGAUCGAAUCGAAACCAGAAGAUAGUCCUGAACUUAAAGAAACGGCGAAUAUUAUAGUACCAAUGCCGGAGAAAAUUAUAAUAGAAGCGCACAGCGGAGUUAAAUUGAAAAGAGGAAGAAAACGAAAGAUUUCGUUGACAUCUUCUAGAGUAAACAAAUCGAGUAAAUUAGAAGUGAAGACUCCUUUGAAUAGCUCGUCAAUCGAGGGAAAUGAAAACGCAGAAAUCGAGAUUACUUCGUCGGGUAGAAAAAGAACGAGACCUAGUAAAUUUAACGAAACCACUUUCGGUGAUAUAAAACCGAAAAAUCAAGACAAUAAUAAGAGGAAACUAAUAGAAAAAGUUACAUCAAGGAAAAGAUUGAAAACUGAUUUAAUAGUUGAGAAAGCUGACGAGGGAGCUAAUCAACAAAGUAACAAAAUACCAGUUGCUACUAGGGGUAACAAUAGAUCAUCAAAUACACCAAAGACUUCAGUGAAAAAUGAUACGCUGGAGGAAUCAAUUACCAAACCAAAGAAAACUUCCGUUACCAAAGAACGGAUUUUGGGCGAAAGAUGGUCUCAGAGACGAGUGAAGAAGCAACAAGAACAGAAGGAGAAAGAAAAACUAAAGAUUGAAGAAACGAAUGUCGAAAAUGUCAGAGCAAAAUCGGAAUCGGAAUUGCAAGAAACGUUGAAGGUCACCACAAAAACGAAUAUCGAAAACACAUCUCAAACUAUUGGUGAUGUUUCACUUAAUACGCCUCAACAUAAAUCGAUUGGGAAAAGAAUGCGAAAGAAACGUGGUUGGGGCAAGGCUAAAACGCGAGGAAAAAUCGUUAAACAGUUGACUUUACAUGAAAUGAUAAAACAGAAUUUACAAAAAGACAGUGAAAGCGAAUCUUUAAUAUCUGAAAAGUCUGACGAAGAAACCACAAAGGAACCUGCGAAUACACCCAUCACUCCGGAAAAAGAAAAAAUUAAGCCCAGAAAAGAAGAUAAAAUUAAACGAACUUCUAGAAUAUCUACAGAAGAAGACUCUAGUGCUGAAGCUGAUGAUGAAAUGGAAAAUGAUGAAUUACCUGUACAGAAAGAAAUUUCACCAGUAAAUAAAUUCAAGUAUACCAAAGUUAGUCCUCCAAAAGAAAAAUUGGAUGCCGCCCAAAAAAAUGUUGCUGUAAAGGAUGAUAAAACAGAAAAAACCGAACAUUCUCAAUCUCCAUUAUAUACUACAACAUCCGAAUCUGAAAUGGAGAUAGAUGGACAAAAAAUCAAAACUAUAUCUCAUAGAGAAGUAUUCAAAAGUGGUUUAAUAGUGCCUCACAUAAAACAGACCGAUCUUACGAUCAAUCGAGAACACGAAGUAACUCCACUCGAAACAGUGAAUUUAGAUCAUCUAAAAGAUUAUUCUCAAAUCGAAUCUGGUAGAAAAUCGACCGAUAUGGAACUAGAGAAAUUCGAUGAUACCCACAAAAACAAUAUAAUUGAACCUAAACAAAAUGUAAUAGUCGUCCCAGAGAAGACUCUCGAAAAAAUGGAGACAAGUGAUACCCCCACAGUUGAAAAUCCAGGAAACAGGAUUACCAAAUUUUUGGAAAAUGCUCAAAAAAUUUUAGAAGCUGUUGAAGAGACUGCCCCGAUUUCUCCUCCUGUACAAGAAAAUGCUAUAUCACAAAAUAACGCAUCAGAAAAGAAUGCUACAAAAGAUGAUAUCAACUUCGUAAAGUCUCAAGGAGAAUCUGAUAACGUUAAAACUAACGACAAGAUAUAUGAAGGAUCAAAUGAAGAUAAACAGGUUUCUGAAAAACCUAUCAAAAUACCAAAUGAUAUGGUGUCAAAUAUUCCCCAUCAAACCGAAAAAGUCGUUGAAGCUAGUAUAGUAGACAGUUCAGCUGAGCCUCAAAUCCCAAAACAAAAGUCUGAUCAAGUCCAAACACCAACACAACUUUUACCACAGAUCCAGACACCAGUCAAUUGUCAAAAUCAAAAACAAGAUCAAUCAACUCAGAAACAAAGUGGGUUUAUAGUCCAAAAACAAAACCAAUAUCAAACUGAGAAACCAAUGGAAUCUCCAAAGCAAAUUAAUCAUCAGGUUUCUAAAAAUACAACUUAUAUAACGCAAAACGAACCUCCAAUAUCUAAAUUUGAUCCUCAAACUCAGAAGAAAAACGAACCUCAAUCCAAGCCGCCAGUAUACAAAUCUUGUGAUUUCCAUAUUAAAAAAACUAGUGACCUUCCAGUGGAUCAGCAUACUCAAAAAUCGCUUGAUGUUUCGGUAUCGCCUUUAAAUGAGAUUUCUAGAAAAACCAUCGAUGUUCCUCUACAGCGAUCUGCAGAACUUUCUUGUCAACAACCUGUCGAUCUUCUUCAAAGAUCUCUGCAACAACCUCUAGAAGUUUAUCAACAGAGACCAACAGAAGUUUCUCAGCAGCGCCAACUAGAAAUUUCUCAGCAGCGACCACUAGAAGUGUCUCAACAGCUACCACUAGAAGUGUCUCAACAGCGCCCACCAGAAGUUUCUCAGCAGCGACUACCAGAAGUUUCUCAGCAGCGACCACUAGAAGUAUCUCAGCAGCGACCACCAGAAGUUUCUCAGCAGCGACCAUCAGAAGUAUUUCAACAGCGACCACCAGAAGUAUCUCAGCAGCGACCACCAGAAGUUUCUCAGCAGCGACCACCAGAAGUUUCUCAGCAGCGACCACCAGAAGUGUCUCAGCAGCGACUACCUGAAAUUUCUCAGCAACGACUGCCAGAAGUUUCACAGCAACGAUUACCAGAUAUUUCACAGCAUCGACUACCAGAAGUUUCUCAGCUGCGACCACCAGAAGUCUCUUACCAGCGCCCUUCAGAAGUUUCUCAGCAGCGCUCAUCAGAAGGUUUUCAGCAGCGAUCCGUAGAAGUUCCUUUGCAGAGACCUGUGGAACAGAGGCCUAUGGAUUUUCCUUCAUUAAAUGCUAUUUCCGAAGAAUCGAAUCCUAGGAAAAACACCGAAUCUGUGAUUCAAAAACAGGUGCGACAAACAACAGAACGCAAGAUUAAUCCCGAUCAAGAGACUCAAAAAACUUUGAAAUCCAAACCAGUAGAAAAGCCACAAGAAAGGGCGACGGAUCAUAAACUGAGUGUGUUGCAACAUCUGCCAAUGCAAACGCAAGAAAUGAAACCCCCAGAAAAAGUGUCUUCUCGCGAAAUGAAAUACUCUGAAUCUAGAAAUAAUGUUCAUGCGGAUAUAAAGACGCACGAACAUCACGAUAGUAAAACCAAAAUAGAACCAAAAAUAUCACCAAAACAAGAAACGUCAAAAUCAGAGAGCCGAAAAGAAAAAUACGACGAGAAACGAUAUCAUCAAAAAUUGCAUGAAGAAAAAUGUAUGUAUGAAGCACAACAGAAGAUGCACAUGGACAGUGAGAGUCUUUUAGCCAAUGCCAUGACCGAAAAUUAUAUGACGCAAGCUCAAUACCAUUGGCAGUGGGAAAGGCUGUGGGGAAAGAAUAUUUAUUAUGAUAAUAAGGGUUAUACACAUCCAAUGCUUCAUCAGUUCGCUCCUCUGGACAUGUUACCGAAACAACCAACAUGUGAGAAAGAAAAAUCUAAAUCUCAUAGAUACUCCAGUCAAAGUAGCAGUACUAGUGGUAGUUCAAGUAACAAAAAGGAAUCGAGCAGGAGUGAGAGUAGAGAAAAACAUUCUUCUCCUAAAAAGGAAGAUAAAAAAUUGCGACACGAACAAGAAUCUUCUAGUACGAUUAAAAUGGAAGAAUCAUCAAAGUCCGCUAGCUGUUCAUACAAUCAGAAUUUGACGAAACACAGUUCUCUCAGUUCUACAAUCAGCCUCUCAGAUAGAUCAGACAAUAAGACGAAAUUAGAACGUAAAGAACAGAAAAUUGAAGAAGCAUCUCAACAACUUGCUAAUUCCAUUAAACAGUCGCCAAGCACUGCUCCGACGAGUACAGAUAUUACAUCUAUUUAUACCGCUGAUUCCGCCUCGAGUUCGGUACACGGUUUACAUUAUGGACAUUGUGGAAUUGAUGUCAAUCAAUUGAAUCUUGAAACACCAGCCACUAUUACCGCCGAUGUGAAUUCUCAGAAUUCUGUUGAUACAGUGAGACCAACAACUGCAGUAGUACAAAAUCCAACACAGCAACCCAACUAUGACUGUACAGUUCAGCAUACCUUGCAGAAUCUACAAACUACUUCAAUAUCAGCUACCAGUCCUACAGUACCUCAAAACAACAUCCAAUUAGUUCAGAAUCAGAACUCUACACAACAGUUACAUCAAAAUUCCUCUAGUAAACGUCAAGUUCAACAACAACGUAGCAAUAGAAGUAAUACACCAUCUUCUACCAAACAGCAUAAUGUUAGCAGAUCGACACCUCCCAGUGCCACACAAAACAGGCAGAGAGCGACACCUCCUUGUAAUACUCAACAAUUGCAACAGAUGCAGGUCAGCCCGACAGCACAGCAUACUACCAUGCAACAUCAGCAUCAUAAUUCGCAACAGUUACAACCUCAUUUACAUCAUCAAGUAGCUGUACACCAAGGCUAUCAAUAUCAAAUAGGUCCAUCGGCGGUUCAUCAGCAUCCGCACGUACAUCAUCACGCCGUUAUUAGCCAAGCAAAUUAUAUCCCACUGGCAGUAACAACACAAGCAUUUCCAUCCACUAGUACCUGCGUAAAUAUACCGCCCAUGACGACGGUAAUUCAACACGGCAUGAGCUCUACUCCACAAAACGCAGCUAGUCCACUAAAUUCCGUCGGUGCCACUAAUCAAAAAUUAGCCCCCAGCCCAAGCUGUGCUGUAACAACAGGAACUAACUUUUACAUACAAACAAAUCCCCAUAAUCAUUCAACAACGCCUUCUCCGUCACAGCGAGGAAAUACGGGAGGACAACCGGCUAGUGCUAAUGCUAGUUCGAGCAUAGCUAAACUGCAACAGCUAACGAACGGUUUAGACAUGACGCCAGCUCCUUCUUGUCAAAUAAUGACCCCUCCUCCAGCUACAAUGACAUUGACUCCACCCCCGACACAUUUACACGCAACUCCACCGCCUCCUCAUCAAAUGGUACAGAAUCAAACUGUUCGAAAUUUGACUCCUCCGUCCGGUUUACCGCCUAAUCUUCAACAACAAGUUUUGGGUUAUCACAAAUACUAUCAGACAAAUAUGAAUGUUAAUCAAUUGAGUGGUACCGUAACACCUCCUAUCGGUCAAAAUCUCGGUAGAACUAGUAGGAAUAGUACAAACGUAGCUACUAUGCAACAUAUGCAGACUUACAAUAUGAACAGUUAUCCUAUGCCCACACAGCAAACACCCGGUGCUGUUACUAGUUAUAUAGCGAACACUGGUUUUAUAAACAAUCAAAUUCCUAUGCAGAUGAUGAAUAUGGCGCAAACUCAGUAUCAAGAUCCAGCCGCUUUACAGAGGGCGCAACCACAAAUGUAUAGAACUUAUAUCAAUGGUAUGUUGCAACCUCUAAAUAGUACGAUGAGACGUUAAUGUACUACAGGUUUGGUUCAUUUACCCAGUGAUUAAUCAGUGUGCUUUAUAGGCCAGUAUUUUACAUCUAUUUUUUAUUUAUGCUGCUAAAUCCUGAAACAGUAAUUCAAGCGAGCAACCAGUAUAAACACAGGAUCUCACUGCUCCAUUCUGCGGGUAUCUGUUUUUUUCUAAAACUUUUUAAAUUAAUAUUAAGGAAGUAUAGGUUUAGCUGGGGUAAUUGUAAACGAUUUUGUCAUAUUUGGAAAUCACAAAAAUUUAAUAUCUUACCGUUGGCUUUUUUUUUCGAUGGUGUAAAUUUUUUCUUCAUCAGCUUUUAUUAGAUUCAUCGUUUUUACUUCAUAGGUUACUGUUGACUUUAUUGCUAUUCUUUAGAUUUUUAUUUUAGUAUGCUCGCUAGCCUCUUUUGAAUAAUUUCAUCUCCUCUUCAUUAUCGUUGUUAACUGUUAGACCAAGUAUAUAAAUUGUUAACUAGUCCGCAUAUUAUUUGAAGGAAUAUAUGGAAAGUAAUUGAGUUUCAAAAUGUAAAUUUUCUCCAUUGUUAUUUGAAACAGUUUCAAUAUUUCAAUACUUUGAUGUUUUAAAAGAUUUAAAAUUUCUUUUUGAAACUAAUUUUUUUCAUUAUUACAGCGAUUUUGAAAAUAUAACCAAAGCCUUGCAAAUUUAAAUUCCAUCUAUCCAUAAAUGGAAAUAUUUUUUAGAUGCUUAGUGCUCAUUCAGAAAUACUGCGGCUUCAUCUUUUAGUUUAUUUUACAAUUUUUAUCACAACCCAGUUGAAUUUUUCUACAACCCAUCGCUGGGUCGCGAUCCACACUUUGGGAAACGUUGCUGUAGAAUAAAAUUUUUAAAAACAUGCAUGUACUGGCCUAUUAAACAAUAUAGUCUAUACUCGAACUAAAAACAAAUUAAUAUUGCCUUAAAUUAUUUUAUUUCAAUAUUGAAUACAUUGGGCUGUGCUGGCUUAGGAUCUGCUCAUAAAUGUAAAUAGCGAUUGUUUAUUACUAUACAUAUUUUAGUAUACCAUUAAUUUUAAGUAUUGAGUUUAUAAUCAAACAUAUUUGAUGAUAUAACAAAAUGCAUCAAAUAAAACCCACCAAUAAUCUCAAUUAGAGGCCAAUCUUUGAUAAGCAUUGUGAGUAGUGCUUAUCAUAAUAUAUUCAGUAUUCAAAUCUUAAUAGUAUUCUCAUGUCUGUUCAAAUUGGAUUACCAAGACUUUUAAUACCAUAUGCAGUUACCGGAGUUGAAUUUAUUUUUUCACAUGUAAAUUUGGUAUAAAAAAUUUUUUUGUAACCAAAAUAAUCUUCUUAUCCCCUACCGUUCCAGGUUGUUUAUGUCUUUCUAUUUCUCAUUUUAUCUGAAAUCUUUCCAAUAUUAAUUUUCUUACAUGGUCCAUAAAUUUUAUUUAGAUUCUUAGCUUCUGUUUCUACAAUAAUUUCUUUAUCAUUACCUUUGACGAGAGAAAAGUAAUGAGAUUUAUUUUUCACAAGGACUCAAAUCAAGAUUCUUGGUUAUUGGCAGUCUUCUAAAUGUACACAUUUCUUCGAUACUCCUCCUGUUUAGUUGUGAAUUUUUGAAGCAUUGUUUUGGCCCAAAUUUUCCUCAUGUCCAAAUUUGAUGUACAGUUAAAGUACUGAGAGUCAUUAUCCUUCUUAUUAAACAAGGUCUAAUCUGGUAAUAAUCCUCGCAAUUUAAUUUUUUUUGCCAGAUUUGUCAACGUCUUCUCUGGCUUUUCAUCAUCAGAAAAAUUGUGUUCUUGAUAAACAAUUUUUCCUAUAAGCUUGUUUCAACUUUUCAGUAGUCUUAGGUUACUAAGUGAGUACUAAUAUAUAUAAUAUACUUGAUUGCAUGAAGUUGUUCUAAAUUCCAACACUCCAUUUUUUUAAUAUACUGUGAAAAAUAUUGUGUCAGCUGUAAUUAGCUGAAACUGAAAAUUUAAAACGAUCAAUAAACUGAUAUAUUUAAGUCCGGUAGCAGAACGUGACUAAAUUUCUCGUACUGUCCUCGUAUAUUUUCUUUAUAAACCUUUUAAGUAUUAAUAUUCGAUUCAUCCAUUCAUUUUAUCAAGAUUCUGGUCCGUACCUACUCUUCAUUAAUUUUAUGGAAUUUAAGUAUCUAUUUUCCCUCAUUUCCAUUUACUUACGGGGACACCAUUUUCUUCCGAAUUUAUAUUUAAAACUGUUUCGGACUUGGAAUUAAAACUGUUUUUUCUCAAAACUAAAGUUCAGUGUAUUAUAGGUUAUUAUAAGCUCUUGUUGAAUUUUUACUAUCAAAAGGAUUGAUUUAACAGUAAAAGUUCUUUUAACCUGUAACUGAUUGAUAAAACUGUAUGCGUAUGAACUCAAGUUUAAAAUUGACGCACCACUAUAUAUUUUGUAAUGUUUACAUUGUUUAUUUUAUUUGCAAUUAUUAUAUUGUGGUGAAAUUAAACACCAAAAUGUACUAACUUUAAUAUAUUUCCGAGCUUUAGAAUACUUAUGUAUCAUUCAUCUGGCAAUUAAGUAUUCAAGAAUAUUAGGCUUAUUGAAAUUCGAAAGUUCGGAAAUAUAUUAGAGUUAGUACACUGUCGUGUUCAAUUUCGCCAUAAUCCCACUGAGAAAACGCUCAUAAUCUAACUGACAAAGCUUUCGUUCCAAUUCAUUAUACAUAUAAAUAACAAAUAUAUUUAAAAAAACCAAUAAAUUGGGGAUUGCAGCAAAUUUGGAAAAUGAGAACUAUUUAUUAAGCUUUCGGAAAGUGUUCUUCCCAUCAUCAGGGAAAGUUCAAUUCCUCGUUUUCCGCAAAAAAAUGUCCUCCACUUUUUCUAAGCCUUUUUGAACAUGUUCCUUAGUAAGUAGUCUUUAUAUGAACGCGAAUUUUAUACCCAAAAUAAAAAAAAACCUGCUUCUAAUCUUUUAAGAUGAGGUGAAAUUGAUCACUGUAAUUAUGAUCAAUUUGCCCCUAUAUACCUGAUUAAUCUGACCCCAGUGCUACACUGAUGCAAAAAUUAUGUUGAUACCAAAUUCGCCUUGCUUCAAAUAUAUUGCUCUUAAGACAUGAAGGCUUAGGCGCUUUCCAAGUAAGUAUUAACAUUUUCAUAGAUUUUUGUCAAAGUUCCAGAUGUUCACUUUCAGAUACAAGAUAAUAGAAAACUAUCAGUAGCGGUACUCUAAAAGGUAGCAAUCAGAAUAUCGUGGACAAUCACUGAUCCAAUCCCUUUCGGUGUAGAUUAAUUUGACUUUUAGUCCCUUUACAGCCUUGAUCAUGCUUUCUCUGGUCAAAUAACGCAUACUAAUCGAAAAAUUGAAGCUCUUACUAUAAUUGCUUAUGCAAAAUGUACCAUUUCUCUUUAUUCCUUGUUAAUCCUAGUCAUUAAAAUACAUUGUCUUGAUGAAACACUUUCUUCUUAGCCAAACGCUGUAGUUUUUGCACACAGCUUUCUCAUGUCCAAAUUUUCAGUUAAUAUGCGAUGUACCGCACUUUUUGAAAUGCCUACUAUGUCUGCUAACUCACGCACUUUCAGUCGAGGAACAUCCGGUACCGCUUUGUCGAUUUCCCUGAACAUUUAUGGAGUCGUCACCUCAUUUGGUCAACCACUGCGAUUCUGGUCUUCGCAGGUCGUAUGGCCGCGCUUAAACUCUGCUAACCAAUAUUUUACUGUUGAUAACGAAGGAGCAGUUUCACCCAGAGUAGAAUCUAGGUCAAUUUCUAUAUUAGUUUGGCUAAUACCUUUUAAAUAAAAGUUACUUCUUACUAACCACUUUGCUUUAGAGAAUCAACAGCAAAAUACGGAACUUGUCAUGUCUUAUUAUGUGGCCCAAAAUACUUCAAUUUCGGUUUCUCUGUACUGUAAAGACAACUCCCUUCUUUUUCCUUUUCUGCAUAACUUCCAUGUUGUUGAUGGGAUCCAUCCAGGAUAAUUCCAAAAUAUGCGGAUAUAUCCACAUUCUAAGAGAUUCUAGUUAUUUUGAAGUAACCUCGGUUGUGGUCCAAGCCUCUACACCAUAGAACAGAACAGAAAAUAUGUAGCAGCUGACUCGUCUCAAUUCUAAUCUACUCUCAAUUUGUAUAGUUUCUUCAUGUACACCGAAACCACAUCUACUUUACCCCAACAAAUUUAGGUGAUAAAACUUUAUGAACAACAUGAAGAAACUAUACAAAUUGAGAGUAGAGUAAAAUUGAGAUGAGUCAACUGAUACUGAUAUUAUCUGUUUCGUUCUAUGGCUUGGACCACAACCAAGGCUACUUUAAAAAUAAUAGAAUCUUUCGACUUUCAGCUGAAAGUAGAUAAGCCAUCGAUAUUUUUUUAAUAAUAAAAAUUUGUAAGAAAAUAUAAGUGGUGGGUUUAUUUUAGCCAGGAGUUUAUUAUACCUAGUAGCUUGUUAUUUUUUAAUCCUUUAAAUCCCUCUACAGCAUUCGGAAAUCUUUGUUUCGUUCUCGUGUCAAUUAAUAAUUUAAUAAAUUACACAUUGGUCUUAGAGGAAGAGCCAAUGACCUAUUUUAGGUGGUCAUGAAACUUUCCACAAUAAAUCUUCUUUAAGGGGGGUAAGAAUUAAGACUUAUUAUUCACAGUAUCAGUCCUAAAAUUUUAGGAAAUUAGUUUUGACUUCAUGGAAUUUUUGUCAGAACAUUUAAACCUAUUUAGUAAUUUCUUCAGUCUUGAAAUUUUAACAGAAUAUAUAAAAUAUAUGAACAAUGCCAGAAUGAAAAACGUCUCCGUGCUAGUGCAAGUAAGAUAGGGAUAUGGAAACUUGCGGGUUAGUGAGAGAAUGCGGUAGAUUUCUCUUAAUCUUGUUGAAACAUUACUUAACAGAAAUGUUUCUCUACCCUUGACAUGAAUAUUCUCUAGGUCAUUGUCAGAAGCGUUUUUUUUUAGUAGACGCAGUUUUCUCUAUUUUUUUCUUCACAUUUUGAAGGCCGCAACACAGAGUAGAGAUCUUCUAACGGGUUGGAGUAUCGCAUACGAUUCAACGUCUCAGUAGUCGUACACGAAUAUUUAUGGAGUACAGUUCAGUUUUACUUAUGCUAUCAGAAUAAAUUUCUUAUACUAAAAAUCGCACUAAAUAUUUUGUAAAAUACUGUCUACAAAUUCGAGUAUAAACAAUUCAAAAGUUUCGGGGACUACAUUGAUACGUAUGUUGAUUGUUGUUGAGAUAUUAGAGCAUUGAAUUGAGUUAAUUAGAGACACGGAUGAUUCUGUAUUAAUUGAGGAUCCCAGCGACCAAUAUGAUGAAGACUAUCAAACAACUGAAUAAUUUCACGAACCGAACUUUUAUAUAUCUUACUAUUUAUAUUAGUAUAGUAAGUUAAGUUUAAGUUAAUCUUAAAUUGUAUAUAUUAUUACAAACAACUUUUUCUUUUCUCCUGUACAACUUCUAUUUUGCUCUCUAUAAGCGCUCUUUUUCUAUAUUUCUAUUUUACUUGCAUUUGCACGGAGACGUUUUUCGUUCUGGCAAAUCAUUGGUGAUGGAAUUUCGUUGUGGCAUUUUAAAUUGGGAAUUGUUCAUAUUUUUAUAUCUUCUGUUAAAAUUUCAAAACUUAUGAAAUGAUUAAACUGAAUGGAUAUGACAAAGGCACACAAAAUUUUUAAAUUUUUUGCAAAAAUAUUUUGUUUUUGAACCUAUUUUACAAAAGAAACAUCUUUUUCUGGUCCCUGGUUGGAUGUCUUCAUCUAUGGAGGAUUCUCCUGUUCGAGCAACUUUGUCUCUUACCGUUCUGGGAAUAUUUGUUUCUUAUGAACGUCGCUCCAGAUGUUUUCUUGUCAAUGAUAUUCCAACAUCUCUUAGAUAUAAUCUACUCACAGUCUUAUAUGUUUUAUUAUGACACGCAAAAAUAAUUCGGGAAUUUACCAUUUACCAAAUAACCAUCGGCUACCUCCUGGUAUUCCUGGCAAUUUAUCUACACCUCCCUUGGUAUAAUUAUAAUAGGUUUACAUUUUUCUUUUGUAGAUGGAUCAAUCAUAUCAUCAUGAUGUAAACUGGAUAUAGGAUUGACAUUUCCAAAUUUUUUUUGGUGUGUAAGACACAAUAGUGAUGUCUUUUUGAAAUCCAAAUAUCGAAGAAAAUUAAAGGCGAGCUCUGAUACUGGUAAAUUCAGUUGCCAAUUCUCUUUUAUUAUUAUUUUUUAUCGUUCCUACAUAUUUUGUGCUCGCUAAUUAACUUUUCCACCAAUCCACCACUGGUAAACCAAUUAUAAGAUUACGAUUAGUCCCAGAUAUAGAUCCCAUUAGCCUCUAUACUAUAUUUUGUGGUUUAUUAGGUCAUUCAUAUAGACCCUCAGGUUGCUUUUCAACAUAUACCUCCAUUUUGGAAGCAUAAGAUGUAGAGGAAUCGUCUAGGGCAUAAAUUUUUAUUUCGGAUCUGUUAGGCUUACUUGGAAUAUACUGCUCGAAAUCAUAUCGCCCUAUAAAUGCCUCGAGCUUUUCAUCCAACGUUGUGCUUGUUCCAACUGUAUUGUUUUUAACAAAAAGGUCAGAUAGGCUUCUGAUUGGAGUGUCUCAUUUCUUCUCUUGUUGUCGAAUUGUCGAAACGAAGGCACCGUACAAGAAAAUGAAAUCGAUCGUGAGACAUAAUUAACCAAAAGCGUUCGUUUCUCUACCAUAGCUUUUUUGUAUUAAGUCUUCCAAUUUUGAGAUAAGUAAGGUAGGUGACCCAAAUAAGGCCUACCUUUUUUUUAUUGUAUAACUAGCGGAUUUAUAAUAAUAAUGCACUGGUAAUUUGAAAUACUUAUAUCUAUUUAUUGAACUUUGUAAUAAAGAAAACAAAAUUGCUUUAAAAACAAAAAUCACACUUUUGUGAAAAUAAAUUAUUAAAAUGUCACUUUGGCCUUAUUGGGAGCCAUGUGUCUUAAUAAAGUCUUAAUAAAAACAAGCAAACAAUGAACUUCUAAAUGAAUAUAAAACGUUGUCAAUACUUAUAUUAAAUCUAAUGAGAUCAGAUUUAAAGAGUGAAAUUAUUAUUCAGCCUUUUUUACCUUUUUUUUUAAACAAUCUCCUGAACAGUAAAAUAUUUUAUCAUCGGGUGUGAGUCCAACACACAACUCAUGAUACCAAACCGCACAAGUAAGACAUUGUCGCAUAUCAUCAACUCGAUCUUUACAAGCUGGACAGUACUAAGAAUCGUGUUUAUUAUCGUGAUGUUUUGGUUUAGAUUCCGUAAGCUUAUCUGAUAUCAAAGAAGCAGUCUUUACUGACGUUCGCUUUCGCGUUGCAGCAACUGCAGGUUGUGCAGAUGUGCAGCCAGUAACAGGUUGAUUUUGGUGUCUUUGUAUUAAUCUGGAUCAUGGACGAAGUACCAGGAACAUCUUCUACUCUUGACGAUGGUACAGAAAUCUGUGAUGUGGAAUUCAUAGCACUGUCACCAAACAAAUCUUUUGUUACCUCUUGAGCCCUGUAAUUCAGAGACUUCUUGCGUGGAGCAGUCGCUACAACUUUAAACUUAGGAGUUGGUAAAAAUUUAUGAAUCUCACACGUGGUUGAUUGGCUGUCUAUCUUCAGUGGAGUUCCAGCAUACGGAUUGUCUUUUGAGAGCAAGGACAGUGGCAAAUUAUCUGUAUCUGUGUCUGACCCAUCUGAAUCUUCCACAUUUGCAGUUGAAAUCUCUUGUUCUCCUUAUUCUCCUGGGUUAUAUGGAUAUAACCCUGUAGCGCGAAAUCCAUUCGAGAUAUUAGUAAUAGUCAUACAUUUCGGCCAUCUUUGUGAGAGGAUGGCAUUGAAGCUUGUCUUGUUAAGGUUUCGUUCGGGUUGCUGACUGACCUAUUUAAUCAACUCUUGGUUCCAAUGGUGUUCAAAAGAACGAUAAACAGAUUUAUCCAUGGGCUGUAACUCAUGCGUGGUAUUUGACGGAAGACAAUAUAAAGUAAUGCCACAUUUUUCAGCUUCCUCCACAAUAGUGAAGUCCAGGUGGCAUUUUGCACCAUCAAAUAUGAGGAGACAUGGCCCUGAUGUUCUGUAUUUAUGCAAAUGAUUAAUAAACUCUAUGAAAGUUUCUGUCGUCAUACUUCCUUUUGGCGUCAUCUUCACCAGAGAGCCUGGAGGUAAAUUGUCUUGGAAUUCUUGCUUUAGUCUCUUACCUUUGAACAAUAUCAUUGGCGGAAUAGCUGAUCCUAUAGCAUUUCCGCAGCCCACCACAGUUACACUUUCAGCAUGUUCAUUCGCUAUUUGAUGAACUCUUUUUCUUCCUUUGGCUGUCAGAACUUCCUGUUGAUGGUGAAGAGAUAUGCGACAAUUUUUCCAUCGAUGUUGUAAAUGCUUAGUAUUUUAGUAUUUUACUGUGAUACUUUUCUAACUGACAUAAAACAAUGUCCUAAUAAGGCCUGUACCUGUGCCCUUAUAAGGCCUACGCAUUUUUUUUGUAGGCUUUAUUAGGGCAUGGCACAUGGGUAAACAAAACAACAAUUAUAUGGAAAUAUACCGAUAUUACAGCUUUUUCACUUACGUGAGGGGAUGAAUGCACUAUAAUUAUCCUAUAAACAAAACACAGCACACCGUGUACAAAUAAAAAUACUUACUGUUUACGCUACCAGAAGGUUCCGACACGUUCGCGGCACGGGCCCCUUGCUGUGCUUGUGGGUGUUAGUUAAUGUACAUGCACACAUCUACCCAUGUUGGCGGCAAUUUUAAAUCAUGAAGCGGGAAAUUUUAAAAAUAGGCCUUAUUAGGACAUAGGCUUUAUUUGGGUCACCCACCUUAGACCAAGAAAAACUUUAAUUCACAUAGGUCCGUGAAUUUUCCUCUUCUUUGUUUCUUUCUUGUGUUAAUUUAGAAAUGUCCAUAUUUGUGUUUUCCACUAUAAGGCCAAACAUUUCAUCUGUGAAAAAUAGUGAUCGACAUUCUAUAGCUGUUUUGGCGUUUUUGCCACAGUUUCUGACGCCUGAUCAUCGAUGGAUGAUAUUAGCUCGUACUGUUUUGUUUGGACAAUGUUUUUUCCAUCGUGUGGUUCCAUUACCAAUAAAAGUUGGUAUUUCCAAGAAUUUUGCAAGGAGUUUUUUCUCCUCUUCCUCAUAGUUAUUACUUAAUUAUGAUACAAAAUAUUUAUCCUAACUUACCGUAAAAAAAUAAAACAAGCCUGAACCGUCGGGUAGUUAAGUGUCUUCUUGAGGUUUGUUUUCAUAUCAAACUGCUGGUAUGCGGUAGGUGCAGUCGGUGAGGAUGUGCUUAACAGACACAGGAACGUCACAACUUUGGCAGACAGUACGACUUUCUGACGUGAGUAAGUUUUGUGUGGUUGAUGAGGAGUCUUCUUCUUGGCACAGCUCCUCUCCUAUUCAAAAAGUUUAGGGAGAGGUGAGAAGUAGAUGAGUGGAUGUUAUGUAAUGCUGUAGUACUCUUGCUCCAUAUAUUGCGUCAAGAGGCUUUUGAAGUUAGUUAGUUCAUUGGCAAGCUGAACUGGGAUUUCAGGAGGAUUCUUUGUGGCCCCUUUGGCAUGGCGAUCUGCAGAUUCGUUUCCAGCAAUUCCAGACCAGAUGAGAAGACGUGAAUGUUUUGGACUACUCGGUGAAUAUGGUUGUAAUUGACAGUAUGAAUGAAAGACUGAUGAUGAAUGAAUGAUUUCGUGGUUUUUAGUGUCUGCGCAACCGACACCGGAUUUAGCUUUGGAGGCAUCCGUAUAGAGAAUUAGGUCGAAGGAUUUUUUAUUCAGAAUUUCCAAGAAUGCUUUCUCUACAAGGACGCUAGGGGAUUCAUGUUUAUUGUAAAUGGUAAGUAAGAUAUCUACUAUGGGAAUACUUUUGGUCCAAGCGGGAGAAGGCAAAAAGAGGUUGGUAUUUUGGAGUAGAGGUGAAAGCAGUUGAGGAAUAGAAUUUAUAAUUGUUCGUGAGUUGGUAGGUACGGACAUGGUGGUAAUUAGCGAAUGGACAGGAUUAGAAGGAUUGGAAAAUACUAUACCAAAAUUAAAAUAAUUCAAAAACUCAAAUAGACACACAACCACAAAUUGUGUCGAACGUCGGGUCUAAGAGACUUCACCCCACCCGCAAGGUUAAAAAUAAUUAUCACGUUCUGUUAGCAAUUAGAAGAGGUGUAAAUGUUUUGGUAAAAAUUACAUGAAAUCGAAAUUAUCUCAAAAGAAAUUUCCCAAAAUUUAUUUGCUGAUAAUUUAACUAAAAUGAGUUUUUAUACUUACUUACUACUCUUGGUUAUCGAAACGCGCGUCAGUGUAAUUGUGAGUGUUGAUAUAGUGGUAGUGUGAACAGUGUGUUCAUUAUGAAUAUCACCAACGGUUCCAGAAAUGCCAACUAAGUAUUUGAUAUCCUCUUAUGUAUAAAUGAAUAAAAAAUUGUAAAUUUUCCUUGGAAACGUUUUUUUAUUGGAAAAAAACUGGGGAAAAUUAGUUCAAACAGACAUUUUUAUUAGGUGUAGUAGAUUUCUUUUAAAUUCGGUCUUUUGAAUGUUGUAUAAAUUAUGAAUAUAUUUGCUUGUAAAUAAUUGUUAAAUUUUGUUAUAAAUUGUUCUCUCAUUGUUUUUUUUUUACUCUAAAAUAGAGCCAUAGGUAACCUUGUAAUUAUUGUACCUAUAAAGAGAAAUAUUGUAAAAUCAAAAACGGCUUUUGUACAGUUUUGUGAGCCGGAAAAAAUAAUCAUGUUAUCAGUAACUCAGUUACUUUUCGGUUGUGUAUAAUCUGUUACUAUUUUAUCAAUUUCAAUUUAUUUUUUUUUAUUUAGGUUUAAAUCAAAAGUAUAUUUAAGAAUAUUUGUUUUUUAUCACGUUUUCACUUCUUUGUAUAGCACUGUGAUUAGAUUUUUCUGUUUUGUACUCUUAAUAAUCUAUUAUAUUAUAAUAUUGUAAAUUUCAGUUUGUGACAAAAUCCUGAAAAUUAAAAAGAAUGUUAGUUUU